UCUUCAUGGGGCCCAGAGAUGAAACUUCCAUGCAACUUCCUGCACAACUCGUUAGCGUAAGCAUCCACUCUUGAUGUUCCAAACCAGCAAUUUCUGAGCAAAUUCCCACCCUCAGCCUCAGGGUUUCAUCCCAUAAUAUAAAUAUUCGAUUAUAAAGCAUGGAAUUUAAGCACGUAGACGAGCAAAAUAAAUAUUAUAACUAAUUAUUGCAUUGCACAACACACUAAUCUCUACGUACGUAUCAAAUUAUGAUGGAACCAGUGGAGUGCUUCUGCUCAUUUUCUCCCAAGAAGCUGAGCAAGCUAGCCUCCAUCAAGCCCAAAUCCAAGCCCGCUUCGAGCUCGGGCUCCCCGAGGAACAUCACCACCCCGCGGCGGAGCUCCUCGUCGACGUCGAGGGAGGAGGAGGAGAUGAGGGAAGUCUUCCGCCGCUUUGACAGCGACAGCGACGGGAAGAUCUCCCCGGCGGAGCUCAGGUCGUAUCUGGGGUCGGUCGGGGAGAUCAUGUCGUACGAGGAGGCCGAGGGGAUCAUCAGCCACCUGGAUUCCGACAAUGACAUGCUUCUUGACUUCGAGGAUUUCCUGCGGCUGAUGGGCGGCGGCGGUCGGGAGGAGGAUUUGAGGGCCGCAUUUGGGGUGUUCGAAUGGGAGGGUACGGGUCGGAUCACGGCGAGGAGCCUGCAGCGGGUGCUGACCCAGUUGGGGGAUCCGAGAUCGUAUGAUGAGUGUGUGGCCAUGAUUCGGGUCUUUGAUUCCGAUGGUAAGGGGGAAAUCGGCUUUCAUCAGUUCCAACAAAUGAUGACGCCUGCACCCACCUGAAAAUCAAUAUACCUAUAUAAUCUACCUUGUUUUCAAUUAAUUAAUUAAUGUGUGUGUAUAUAUAUAUAUACGUCUAUUAAUUAAGGGAAGGUACGUAUGAUAAAAGGAUGGAGAAAAAUAUCAUGAUUCCAUUUGCAUAUCUACCUAAGUGAGUUCUCAGAUGUUAUAUAUUGGACCAUUUGGAACCUGGAGUUCUUUUGUUUGGAGAGAUGUGGAAGUGUUUAAGAUGCUUUUUACCUUUUUUUCAUUUUAAAGAGAAAUUAAUGAAUUUUUAUGUUGAAAAGAAA